AUGGAAUCACUCAUAAACGAAUAUCUCCCCUCAUGGACACCCACUGUGCUGCCGACAACAACAUCGAUAAGCUCAAUAGACCCAACAAACACCCAAGGACUUUUCUUCACCGCGCUUCAACUACAAGCAGAAUUGCGCACUCAGACCAAUUCGAUUCAACUCUACUUGUUGUUGCAAAAAGCAAAAGGUGCAGCAGCAACAUAUACCUUAUUGAACAACCAAAGAAUACUAUCAGCAGCUUCCGCAGCUUCCGCCACCGCCGCCGCCGCCGCAACAGCCACGACGGCCACGACCACCACGGGUUUUGGGUUUUUUGCUCCUGCUGCUGCUGCCACGGCUACUCAAGAUUUGGAUCUUGCUGAAAUCACUCAACAGCUGCUCAAUGCCACUUUGUGCCUCAAGGACUUAGAAUGGGGUCAAAACUUGUAUGCCAUCUACAUUUCAGUACCAUUCAAUGUCCUAUUUGCCGCUUUGUUCUUGCUUGUGCUUCUAGUUAACAUCAAUUUGGGUUGCAUAUGGGGUAAAAGCAAAUACUUUACAGUGUGCUUCAUCUGCGGCACUUUAUUGGAGAUUCUCGGCUACUCAGUGAGAACAGCAGCACGAUAUUACUGGUCCAACUCGAUUUUAUUUGUGAUUCAGCAGAUUGCACUCACUUUGGCACCCGCGUUCAUCAUGGCGGGCAUAUAUUAUGUUCUCGCCCAGUUGGCUGUGCUUUACGGUCCAAGAUUUAGCAUUCUACGGCCCACUUUCAUUUCGUAUCUUUUCAUAUGUUGCGAUGUCAUUAGCUUGGUGAUUCAAGCCGCCGGCGGUGCUGUUGCCGCUGUGGCAAUGUUGAGUUUUGAAAACACCCAUCCCGGGACAUAUCUCAUGGUUGGCGGAAUUGCAUUUCAAGUCGUGUCCAUGACGGUGUUUCUCUGGUUCGUGUUUGAUUUCAUUUACAGAAUAAAUUUCAAAUUCAAUGAGUCGUUGAGGUUCAGUUUUGGAAGGUGGCUCAACUUGUUUUUCAAUACCAAAAGUGGCAAGUUGCUUCGAGAAGAACACUAUUUCGAAGCCUUGUAUAACCCCGACUUUCUGCAUAUUCGAUCGCGGCCUUUGUUCAACUAUAUGCCAUUGGCGCUUGUUGUCGCCUCGGCUUUUAUCUAUGUGAGGUGUAUUUAUCGGGUCGUGGAGCUAUCGCAAGGCUGGAGAGGGUACUUGAUCACUCACGAGGCAUUUUUGUUGACGAUGGAUGCGCUAAUGGUCUUGCUCUGUUGUUUGGUUAUGAUUCCUUUCCAUCCUUCAAUUGUACUUGGCCGUUUCGCAACUAAGGAUAUCAAGCUUGAUACAAAGAACGAGACGGAUACAGAGGGUCACAAUCAAGUGAAGAAAGAAAAUCAUCGUCACGAUCAUCAACAAGAAAAAGUACUAUACUUUGAAAAAUUCCCUAGCCGGAAAGCUCAUAAUCCUCCUCGAGGUAAUUUCGAUGAAAAGAAACACGUUUAUGAUAAUGAAAGCGAAGUCCUGUCUGGAUCAUUCGUCUUUAAUGAUACAUACCCCGUCACCAAAAACUACCAAAAAGAGAACCAGAAACACCAUAGUCACCAAGGAAUCCAUGAAUACCGGAACUUUACCAAUCAGCAGGAUCACAAGUACAACUCAAGCCACUAUGAGGAGCGCAGGAGCGUUCUGGAUGAUACCGCCACAUUCAGCAAGACAACAAAGACGUCGACGACCGCCAGGAACUCAGCAGCUUCGCCAACUAACAGUGCCCAACGGUACAGCAAUCCGUAUUUGACACCAACAAGAUUCAGUUCAUUUAAAUGA